UCCAAGGUAUCAGCUGGAACCCUCUUCUUCUUUCUUUAAACUAACUAAAUAAUCCUUCUCCCACACUACUUUAGAUUAAAAAAGAAAAACAUAUAAGUAACAAAAUAUGUUUUCUAUUCCUUAUUAUCUUCUAGAUUUCUCCCUUCCUUUCUGAAAUAUUCAGAAAAAACACCCCAAAUCAAGAAUCAAACCCUGAGCUUAAUACACCCUUUUGCUCAAAAUAAUGGUUUGUUCAGUAGUUUCCAGUGGAUACCCUUUAUUCUCCAAUGUCCAAAUUAUUAGAAAAAACCAAUCUUUAUCAUGUUUGAACAAAUCUAUUUCAUGUUGUCAGCAGCAAAAUCUUUGUUCCAAAACACAUCUGAUAAAGAUAAUAGGCCCUCAGAAAAAAGUUAAGCAAGUUUCUCUUCCUAAUAAUGUCAAGAAAAAAGGUUUUUUUGAGGAAAAGAUUGGGUUUUCUCAAAUGGGGAGUCAACAAAAUAUGGCAAUAUUAUGUGGGGUUGGGUAUUGGGUACAGGGUUUUAGGUGUUUUCCUUGGUUGGCUCUUAAUUUUCACAUGGCAGAUGGAUUAAAUAUGCUUCCAUCUACAUUACAACUUGUGCAGUAUUCUGGGAAUUUACCUAUGGUUGCUAAGCCUAUUUAUGGUAUUUUGUCUGAUGCUGUUUAUAUUGGUGGUGCUCAUAGAAUACCUUAUAUUUCUAUUGGAGUUUUCCUCCAGGUUUUGGCUUGGGGUCAAUUAGCAUUAAUCUCCGCUGCAAGUGAAGCACUUCCUGCUAUUAUGGCUUGUGUUCUUCUUAGCAACGUCGGAGCAUCCAUUACAGAAGUUGCCAAAGAUGCGCUAGUGGCUGAAUAUGGUCAAAGAAACAGAAUGGCUGGUCUACAAUCUUACGCAUUUAUGGCCUCAGCUGCCGGUGGAAUUUUAGGCAACUUUAUCGGAGGAUAUUUCCUACUCAAAACACAGCAACCUAAGUUAAUGUUUCUAGCCUUUUCCGCUCUGCUUGCUCUUCAACUAGCAGUAACUUCAGGUACCAGAGAAGCGUCCCUUGGUUUAGCUCAAUCAUUAAAAUAUUCUGCUGUUAGGGAACCAAUCACGGAAAUAUUUCGAAAACAGUAUUCGGAUCUUCUGAUAGCAGUUAGAGAAGAAAGUAUUGCUCGUCCUCUUAUAUGGAUUGUUGUGUCCAUUUUAGCAGUCCCAGCCCUCUCUGGAUCUAUCUUUUGCUAUCAGACACAAUGCCUAAAUCUUGAUCCGUCUGUUAUAGGGAUGUCAAAGGUGAUAGGCCAUAUGAUGCUUCUAUCUUUGACAGUCUUGUAUGAUCGAUUUGGCAAAAGGGUUCCAAUGAGAAAACUGAUUAGCAUCGUUCAGAUUACAUAUGCUGCUUCUCUUCUGCUUGACCUUGUACUUGUAAAGCAGCUUAAUCUCAAAAUGGGAAUUCCAAAUGAAUGGUUUGCUCUUUGCUUCUCGGGUCUAGCAGAAACUAUUGCAAUUUUUAAGCUCUUGCCGUUCCAUGUGCUGUUUGCAAGUUUGGCUCCAUCUGGCUUUGAAGGAUCUCUCAUGUCUUUCUUGGCGUCGGCUCUGUGUUUGUCUUCAAUAUUUAGUGGGUUUCUAGGUGUUGCCCUGGCUACUUUCCUUGGUAUAACGUCCGGUGACUACUCAAAUCUGCAUAUUGGGAUACUUAUCCAGUUUAUUGCAGCAUUACUGCCGCUGGGAUGGCUCAGUUGUGUCCCUAUGGCUCAACCUGAAUCUGAAAAGGAAAGGAAGAGAAGUGUAAGUAAAAGAACGAGAAAAAACAGAAGGGUAGGAAGAGUAGUUGUUGAUUCAUUCUAUUCUUAUAGACGCAAAAGAGAAUCUGAUUUACUGAGAUGAGAAUUUUGUAGCUAGCUGGCUAAAUAAUCAGAGUUCAAGAAAAUUUGAGUUGUAUCUUAGUCUACCGAUGAGGAAUUGAUGAUGAGGACAGACGACUUAUGACCAGUCCCUAGUACUUUAUGAAAUUCACCUCUUCCGAUGAUUUUGAUAUAAUGUUUCUUGGCGAGUUAUAACCAUGCAGCUGAUUUCUUGGAUUAUUUCUGGACUCUGCUAAGAAGCGGAUUUUUUUACUUGAAUCGAAGAAAGAAAAUGUAGCCUAGCGACAUUGCGUAAAUGUUACUUCCAUGAUCUAUUAAUCAUCUGAGUUACACAGAGUCUAGUGGGAGUCGUUUCCAGAUCCGUAUAGGCACUCCUCACUGAUCCGAAGGCCGGUUUUGACUUUUGAGUAGGAUUCCUCGCACUCUAUUGCUGUUUGCAGAUGAUGGCAGCCUCUGAAUUUUGUUAUUCGACAUGCCUAUUUGUUAAAGUUAAGCUUCUGAAAGAAAAGGUGAAGAAUUUUUGUUGGUUGCUUCCGCUUCACUGUUCCUUGAGCCGGAGGUCUAUCAGAAAUAGUAUUUCUACCUUCACAAGGUAGGAGUAAAGUCUGCGUACACAUUACUCUCUCCAGACCCCACUUGUGGGAGUACACUGGGUUUUUUGUUGUAAAAGGUGAAGAAUUUGAAUGUGGUCACUGACACAAUCAAGAGCAACUAGUCUGUUACUCUUUUUGCAUUGGAGGGCUAGCUGUUCAGUUCAUUGAGCUUGUCCAAAGAACUAAAAGAGGAAAGGAACUACCAGUAGAGAAAGUUGCAAGGAUUUUCUCAACUCGGAAAAAUAUUAAUGUUUGGUGAUUUCUUUUCAUCUACCUUAACCUUGGUGUACAGAGUUACUCGAUACUUGUGCUAGUGGAGGUAGCAGAUACUUGGUGAACCAGUCGAGCUGUGCACAUGUUUUUUUUCCGGAUGCGACCCUUAUAAUAAAAAGGGAGAAAAAGGGUGCUAGGAUGGGGAAGGGUGCUUGUAAAGCUAAUAAUCAUUGAAUAUAUUACUUUCUUUAACUUUCCAUUGUUAUGAACUGUGUGUUGGUGGAAG